AUGGCCCCUGCUGCAUUCUCCGACAUUGCAAAAGCCUCGAAUGAUGUCGACGUCAAGUCAAAAGCUCCGAAUGGCGUGGCUUUCAACGCAAAAGGCCUCUCUGCUCACGAAGGCUCUACGAGUACAUCCCUUGAGGGGAAAUAUGCGGAUCCAUCUGCUGGUAAACCUCUGCAAUUGUCCCUCGUCGCUCGGUCACCUCCCAUCGCGCCAUAUGACCCCCUGGGAUUCGUGAUAUUCAUGGACGCCAAACAUGCAUCUUUGCUAAUGAGAAUCCGAAAUGCAGGUCUGACGCUUACUGAGACGUGGAGCAACAAUAAUCUCCUGACCACGAAGGUGGAGCUCGACAACAACAUUGCCAAGGGUUUGAAAGCUGAGGCAAUCUCGGAUUUUGUUCCAUCUUCCAAAGACUUCGGGGCCAAGUUGAAUCUCCAUUUCAGACAGCCAAACUUUACAGGCCGAGCUUUCUUUGACUUGCUGAAAGGCCCUACUGCCAACGUAGAUGCAGUAUUAGGCCAUGAGGGCUUUCUAGUGGGUGCAGAGGCAGCUUACGACGUACAAAAGGCAGCCAUCACAAAGUAUUCUGCCGCCAUUGGCUACUCCACCCCAGAAUACAGUGCCGGCGUCACGGCGACUAACAGCUUGAGCGUUUUCGCGGCGUCCUAUUACCACAAAGUGAAUUCUCAAGUGGAGGCUGGAGCAAAGGCCACGUGGGAUUCGAAGAGUGGGAACAACGUCGGUAUGGAAUUGGCUGGCAAAUAUCGUAUCGAUCCUGUCUCAUUUACAAAGGCCAAAGUAAAUGAUCGUGGAAUUGCGUCUUUGGCCUACAAUGUCAAGCUUCGACCCAGUGUCACUCUAGGCCUCGGGCUGUCUCUUGAUACGCAAAAUUUGAAUGAAUCUGCACACAAGAUCGGUGCAAGCUUAGAGUUCGACGGUUAG